GCAGAAUCAGCGGCAGCAGCAGCAGCAGCAGCUGGGGUGCCCAAUAAAACAAAGGGGGUUCAAAAGGGGGCGCCUUUCGUCGUCUACCUCAUAAAUUCUGUGCGAACUCUCUUCACACUGCUUUGGAUGUUUACGGCGGCAGACCCAGCUCGUCUCGGCGCGUAGUUUUCUUGCAGCCGAUAGAUAAGAGAAAGAAGAUUGUCGUGAAGAACGAAAAGGGAGCGAAUUCAUCCUUUCUAGGGUUCUUAUUUUCUGGUUUUGCUCAGGGGGGAAUAUGGAAGCGUCCUCUUCGUCUUCGUCGUCGGUGAUAUCUCCGGAGGACGUGUUGGAAUGUCUGAUGAACGACGGCACAAUUGAUGCUCUGAGAUUGAAGAUCAUCAAUCAGCUCAAGGCCAAUGUACCCCCAUCUCUCUUUCUCUUUCUCUGUCUCUUAAAUUUCAGUUUGCCUUCCCGUACUAGUGUUGUUUGAAUUUAUUAGUAAAAUUUGAAAUUUCGGAUGGAAAUUGGGGAAUGGCUACUGUUUGGCUGAUGUUUGGUUGGAAAUUUGGAUUUGCUUACUGUUGAUGAGAAGAGGAAAGAGUUCCAAAGAAUCAGGUUAUGUUGAUUCAUAGUGAUGAAGAGAAUCAACUUGUUCCCCCCUGCUAUGCAAGUGGGGUUAAAAUGUGAUUAGUUGUAGUUUGUGGUUUCAUGAUUGAAAAGGAAAAAGUAAACAACACCACUGGUCUCCUCUCGAGUCCACGUGGCCCGGUUGAUCGAUCAUUUCGUUUGUUGAACCCGUAUGGCAUAUUUGUUAAUGCUGUCGAUCCUCAGGAGGCUCAUUGCUUCAAUCAAGACUUAAGCUUUUUGUUACGUUGGUUGUUUGAUUGGUGGUCGAUUCGAGUCAAUAAGAACAAUGGUAAAUUUGUCAGAACAUUGAAGCGUUACAUGCUUAGUAACCGUGAAUGCAAUGUAUCAAGGAUUUUCUUGAUCUAAAGAGUUAGCAUUUCAUUGGUACUUAUAACAGAAACCACGAUGAUUUCUUUCUCUAAAGAUUUAACAUUAUAUCAGAACUUAACUUAUAUUGGAAACCCUUGUCCAUGGUCUCUUCGGGAUCAAACCUUUUGUUUGCUAGAAGAACAGGGUGUCCUACGAGUUAAGCCUUUUGAACUGUUGCAUCUUUUUCAUCUUCUGCAUACUUUUUGAAUUCUGAAAGUAAUUGAUUGUGUAAGUAGCUCUAACUCUUUCUUCUUCUUUUUUUUUGUUUCACAGGAAGAGCUGAAGAAUACAACCAUCAAAAUGGCCGAGCAGAGUAAGGUUUUAAAUACCCCUGGCGCAGAGAAACAAACCAAGAGGGAACUAUUCGAUGCACUUCGACAAGAACUUGAAACUCCGGUGCUCGAGAAGGCUUCGAAAUCGGUAUGGGAAUUGAUUCUGGACAACAAUGGCCUGGGGAAAGAAAUAAGUGAAACGGUUGAAAGAGUGUUCUGCAAAUUAAGCGGCCAAGAGCCUCCGUUGUUUCCACCUCCGAGUAAUCCUGAACCACAAGCUUCUAGGGAGAAAGAGAACAAGAAAGAGGCAGAGAAAGAAGAGGAGUUGACGAUAGCAAGUCUGAAGGAUAACUCUAUGUUGAAACAUCCGAAGAAAAGGCGGCACAUCGAGAUGACCAAUGAGAAAGGCGGUGCUGCGAAUGAAGUUGCAAGAAAAUCGGCCGAUGAUCGAUCGAGUAAAUCUCCUCAUUCAAAGACUUUAAACCUUACUUAGAAUCGAAUGAGACCAUUUAGCAGAACAAAUAAUUUAUUGAAUUGGUCCCUUCUCUUCAGUAGAAUGUUUCUUGAGAAACAUAGUUUCUAGUCUUUCUGCAUAGAGUUUAGUUUUCAUUGUCAAGCGCAAACUUAUGAGUUGAAUGAGAAUCUAUAAACAUGUUGGCUCAAUCACAUUUACAGGAACGGUGGCUUUGAUUUUUGUUUUAUGACAUGAUGGAAUAACUGGC